AUGGGGAAACCAACACCAAGGGUUAUCUUUGUUCGUCAUGGACAAACAGAAUGGUCGAAAUCCGGACAGUAUACCAGUGUUACUGAUUUAUCAUUAACUGCUUUUGGGGUUAAGCAAAUGAAAGCCACCGGGAAACAUUUAAUUGGGAAUAGUGACUUUCAAAUGAUUAAACCACAAAAUUUAACUCAUGUUUUCACCUCUCCAAGAACAAGAGCCAAACAAACUGUUGAUUUAUUAAUUGAAGGUAUCGGUGAAGAAACUAAAGCUAAAAUUCCAAUCAAUAUUGAAAACGAUUUACGUGAAUGGGAAUACGGUGACUAUGAAGGGUUAUUAACUUCUCAAAUCAUUAAUUUGAGAGCUGAAAGAGGUUUAGAUAAAGAUUUGGCCAAAGGUGAUACUUGGAAUAUUUGGAGAGACGGUUGUGAAAACGGUGAAGUUAAUGAACAGGUUAAACAAAGAUUAGAUGGAGUAAUUGAUAAAAUCAAAGCCAUUCACAGAAAAGCUUUGGAAAAUAAUCAACCAAGUGACAUUAUAGUUGUUGGCCAUGGUCAUAUUUUAAGAUGUUUCGCUGCCAGAUGGGUUGGUAAAGAAAUCAACGUCAACCCUCAAUUCUUAUUAGAUGCUGGUGGGGUUGGUGUUUUAAGUUACCAACAUCAUAAUAUUGACGAACCGGCAUUAUACUUGGCUGGUGCCUUCACUGUUCCUAUCGAAGAAGAAGGUGUUGAUCAAUAAGGUUGGUGUACGUGUGUUUUACGGGGUCCUCCUUCACUUGAUAAAAACGGAAUCUUUUAUACUGAUUUUUUAUAUAAUCUAUGUAUAAUUUAUAUACAAUUAUUAAACAUGACAUUACACUUGAG